ACGGAAUUAUCUUUAGUUCGAUAUCCAAACAUGAAAAUUAUAGUAGUCAGUCUGUUGUUGGCGGUUUUCCUACUGGAACAACACCAAAUCACCGCCAAAAGUGUGCUGAGUACUUUGGCCACCGAAAUCGCUCCAGAUGCCUCCGUUUUCGGACAUGAAUUAGGGGAGGAGGGCGCUCAAUUUGGUCAAGAGGCUGCCAAAACCAUCAUUCAAUAUGGCCAAGCUGCCGCAGAUGCUUCCUCCGGUUGGGAACUUGGACAGGAUGGCAAUAUUUUAGGUCAAGAAUUGGGAGAUGAGGGCACUCUUUUGGGACAAGAAAUCUCAAAUAGCGCCAAUCAUUUUUGGCACAACGUCUCCCAGAAAACGGAACAAGCAGCCAGUGCGGAACUUAGUUCCUCGCAAUCCUCAAGCACCUCUGGCGAAACUAAGAAAUCAAUCACUAAGAGGGAAAUCGUUAGUGGUAACGAUAACCCUUCCGUUACUUGUGCUUGCACCUGUUCCAGUGAUGGAGAUGUCAUUAAAGUUUCAAAAAAGAUCGCAAAUGCUGCUGGUAAAAUUGCUGAUAGCGCAGCAAAUGCUGCCAGCAAAGUAGCUGGAGAUGCUGCAAGUGCUGCUGGAAGUGUUGCAAGUGCUGCUGGAAAUGCUGCCGGAGAUGCAGCAAAUGUUGCUGGUAAAAUUGCUGGAAGCGCAGCAAAUGCUGCCAGCAAAGUAGCUGGAGAUGCUGCAAGUGCUGCUGGAAGUGUUGCAAGUGCAGCUGGAAGUGUAGCUGGAAGUGUUGCAAGUGCUGCUGGAAAUGCUGCCGGAGAUGCAGCAAAUGCUGCUGGUAAAAUUGCUGGAAGUGCAGCAAACGCUGCCAGCAAAGUAGCUGGAGAUGCUGCAAGUGCUGCUGGAAGUGUUGCAAGUGCUGCUGGAAAUGCUGCCGGAGAUGCAGCAAAUGUUGCUGGUAAAAUUGCUGGAAGCGCAGCAAAUGCUGCCAGCAAAGUAGCUGGAGAUGCUACAAGUGCUGCUGGAAGUGUUGCAAGUGCAGCUGGAAGUGUUGCAAGUGCUGCUGGAAAUGCUGCCGGAGAUGCUGCAAAUGCUGCUGGUAAAAUUGCUGGAAGUGCAGCAAACGCUGCCAGCAAAGUAGCUGGAGAUGCUGCAAGUGCUGCUGGAAGUGUUGGAAGUGCUGCUGGAAAUGCUGCCGGAGAUGCUGCAAAUGCUGCUGGAAACAUUGCUGGAAAUGCAGCAAAUGCUGCCAGCAAUGUUGCUGGAGAUGCAGCAAAUGCUGCUGGAAAUGUUGCAAGUGCCGCUGGAAGUGUAGCUGGAAGUGUUGCAAGUGCUGCUGGAAAUGUUGCGGGAGAUGCAGCAAGUGCUGCUGGAAAUAUUGCUGGAAGUGCAGCAAAUGCUGCCACCAAUGUUGCCGGAGAUGCAGCAAAUGCUGCUGGAAAUAUUGCUGGAAGUGUUGCAAAUGCUGCUGGAAAUGUUGCCGGAGAUGCUGCAAAUGCUGCUGGAAAUAUCGCUGGUGACGUUGGAAAUAUUGCCGGAGAUAUUGGCCAAGCCGCCGGCAACAUUGCUGGAGAUGCAGCACAUGCUGCAGGCAACAUAUUUCAUGCAAUAUUUUAGAGUGGAUAUCUUCCCUUAAACUUAUUUAAUCCAAUAAAUAAUCGAGCAAAUUAAAAAAAA